AUGUCUCAGCAAGCGCUCAACAAGAUCGCUGCCAACAGCCCCUCGCGGGCCAAGCCCUCGGAAAUCGAGACCAACAUCGCCACGGCGCUGUAUGAGCUCGAGACCAACAUCCCGGAUAUGAAGAGCGCUCUGCGCCCGCUUCAAUUCGUUUCGGCUCGUGAGAUCGAGGUCGGACAUGGCAGGAAGGCAAUCGUCAUCUUCGUUCCCGUGCCUCUCCUUCCGGGAUGGCAUCGUUCCCAGCAACGCCUGACCCGUGAGCUCGAGAAGAAGUUCUCUGACCGCCACGUGCUCAUCAUCGCCUCCCGCCGCAUCCUUCCCCGCCCGAAGCGUAGCAACCGCAGCCGCACAUCGCAGACUCAGAAGCGACCUCGCUCCCGCACGCUCACCGCCGUUCACGAUGCGAUCCUCGGCGACCUCGUCUACCCGGUGGAGAUCGUGGGCAAGAGGACCCGAACGAGGGAGGACGGGAGCAAGAUCCUGAAGGUGGUGUUGGACGAGAAGGAGAGGGGUGGCGUGGACUACCGUCUUGACACCUACUCCGAGGUGUACAAGCGACUGACGGGCAAGGGUGUGAACUUUGAGUUCCCCCAAGUUGCCGCUGGAGAGUAUUAA